AUGCCGCCCAAGCCACCCCCACCCAAGCCUCGGGCAGGCCAACACCGCCGGCCCAACUAUCACGGUCGCAUCGACGGCCUGGGCAGUCCGGCACCAAGUUCUCUGCGAGCGUCAACCCCUACACUCGUGCGAGCACCCACACCAGUCAGCCAGCCUCCGACUCGGGCAAAGCCUCUGUGUCCCAAUCCCGACUGUCCUGAUCGGACAAAGGUCGUCUACAGUGACCAAGGGCUCGUCUGCGAGAGUUGUGGUGCCCUUGUACAGGAAGAAUCCGGCCUUGUCAGCGAGCAGGGAUUCGGCGAGACAGAGUCUGGGCGUAUUACUGCCCUUGGUGUCCAGAUUGGUGAAAACCAGUCUCAUCAGAGGAGUUUUCAUGGGGGCAAUUUCACAAGUGCUGGCCGCGAAGCUCCACUGAAUCGUGAACGCUCAAAGGCCCAAGCCAAAAACGUCAUGGCUUCGUACAUUGCCUUCUUUGGUAUCCGACUUUCCGAGGUCGAAUCGGCCGAAAAACUCUUCGAACUCGCAAACACUGUUGGCUUUAUCCAAGGAAGAACCAUUGAGAGUGUGGCCAUCGCCUGUCUCUAUGCCGCUUGUCGACGCAAGACCGAGCAGGUCGAGGGGCAACCCAGACCCAUGUACAGCCUCAUGUUGAUUGACUUCGCUGAGAAAAUGAACAUGGAUGUCUUCGCCCUGGGCAGGGUGUACCAGGACCUCAUCAAAAAGUUGUAUCUCUCUCGUGGAUUUGGUUAUCGUGGGGAUCGCUCUUCCGAGUUUUGGGGCAUGGAUCCGGCCACGCUUGUACCUCGGUUUGUCGACGAGCUGGAUUUCGACAAGCACGAUCGGGACAAAAUCAAACGCGAUGCUAUCAACAUCGUCAAGAGAAUGAAGCGCGACUGGAUUGGCCACGGCCGUAGACCUUCGGGUGUCUGUGGUGCUGCCGUCAUCCUAGCUGCCCGGAUGAAUAAUUACCGUCGCACCACACGAGAGGUGGUACUGACAGCAAAAGUCACCGAAAUCACCAUCAACAAACGACUCGAGGAAUUCCAUGACACGCAGGCCAGUAAGCUCUCCGUCACCAAGUUCAGGAGCGAAGCGAUCCCCAAGAUCGGCGAACCGCAUCCGCUCGACGAGCAGCAUCCUCCUGUCAUCAAACAAGCACUGAACCCCAAACCGAAAAACAAGAAGAGAGGCCGGCCAAGAAAGAAUCCUCUUCCAGAAACCGCCACUGAAAUUGAAGCAGAUGCUACGACAAAUCCUGGAUCUCAGGCUGCCCAGGAAUCGGAUGAAGCGCAACCUCCACCAGCAAAGCGAGUCCGCAUUGACGCGCAAGGCUACAAGAUUCCAGAGAUCCCAGCUCGACGGACUGUAAUUGAUCCAUCCCUAACUCCCAGCGAAACACCUUCAUCAACACAGGAUGACGAGGUACAGGGGGACUCCGACUCCGCCCGCCCUCGACAACGGAGACACAAAUCGGCGCACUGGAAAGCACCGCCUGCAUCAGCCGCCGAAAUUGCGAUUGAGAAUGAAAUUGAAGAGGGCAUUGCAGAAGCACUACGAGACAAUCCGGAACUCGAUCCAAACUAUCAGCCCCCAGAUGAAGCGCAAGAACGAGCGCAACAGCCCAAUGGCGGUCAGUCUUCUGAAACAGGAGGAGCACAAGGACAACAACCAACCACGAUAGAUCUCACGGUCGAUCCAACUCAAACCGUUCCCCCACACCCGCGAGACAAGAGAGCUGGACCACCGUGCAACACGAAAAUCGGCAACCUCGGCCUCGUCUCCCUUUCUCCAACUCUCAAGGCUGCAGAAUUCGACUCCGAUGAAGACGUCUCUAUGUGUCUCUUGUCUGAGCAAGAGACCCGCGUCAAAGAGAGAGUGUGGGUGAGUAUGAAUGCCGAUUGGUUGCGACAGGAUCAUGCGAAGAGGAUAAAGAAAGAGUUGAAGGAGGCAGACAUGAGAGCGAGGGGCCUGGACCCGGAGCAAGAGGAGAGGAGAAAGAAAAUGGAAAGGAUGAGAAGAAAGGAUGGGACGAAGAGACCGGGACGUAGGGGGGAUGUGAGCUAUUUGAAGGAGCACCGGGAGGGGAGAAAAAGAGGCAAAGACCAGGAAGGCCAGGGGCCAGGUGGGGAAGGUGACUUGGAGGGCGCGGAGGUCGAGAAUGAAGGCGGCGAAGAAGGGGAAGGGGAAGAAGACCAAGACAACACCACCGUCGGCGGAACAGAAAGAAGCGCCGCCAAAUCCAUGAGACUGAUGCUCAUGAACCGCAGGACCUUUUCACGGCGGAUCAACUAUGACGCCCUCGAAGCCAUCUACGGAAUGUCGUCGACCAGCGAGGACAGCGAGUCGCGCAGCGCGACCGGCGAGGCUCGAAGCCGCAGUCAGAGCGUGGCACAGAGCGAGGCCACUACCGCGACCCCGGGCCCUUCUGGCGGCGGCGAGCGGGAGCGGCGGGAAGAAAGCAGGGAAAGCAGUGUCGUAAGCACUGCUACCGUCACUACCAUUGGUCCAUCGGCAAUCUUUCGCGGAAAUGUGAGGAAAAGCUCAAGUCUUGCUGCGGAAAAGAGGGAGAAGAAGAGACGGGAGAGACAGGACUUGCAGAAAGCGGGGCUUGCUCGUGGAGGAAGUCAAGGCAGCGAUCGCGAUGUGAGCAGGUCGGCGUCACGGAGUCGAAGUGUGAGCACACCUGCUACCGAUGGAGAGGGAGAGGACGACGAUGCGAGAGAGCGCGAAGCCAGCGGGCCCAGUCCUCAGCCUGAAUCUGGACCCGCAUCCCGACGCCAGCCGCAGCAGCAGCAACAACUUCCCUCUCCACCGAGAACACAGUCGCAAUGGAUUCCUGGGAUCCCUGAGAUAAAGACGUCGGUAGUGGCUCCCUCGUCCUCGAUACCGCAAGUCCGAGUUACGGGGAGUAGCUCCGCGUCGACGUCGGCACACCAGCCCGCCACGAAAAGAGGGGCCAAUACAGCACCCGAGGACGACGAAGAUGAUGAUGACGAGGAAGAAGAAGAGGACGAGGACGAAGAAGCAAGUUACGACUCGGACGACGGCUCAGAUGAGGAUGAGGAUGAGGACGAAGACACUAGUGGUAACCGAGAGGCUGAUGAAGACGUCGACGCAGCUUUUGAGGGACGCUAUGUUGGGAGAUAA